AUGUGCAAAUUAGCCUUCGGGUCCUCUAUGAUUCAUGAAGAUAAUAAUGUCAUCAGAGCAAAAUGCUUUACCAUUUUUAUUUUCGUGUGUUUGUCCUCCAUGUUAAUUAGUGAGGACGAGGCCAUGAUGGUUGAAGAUAUUGUUAAGCACAUUGCACGAGAGCUGUCCGCAAUGCAGCCAAUUCAGAUGGGUGAUAUCAUUGGAAUGGACGCCCACAUGGAACAAAUCGAUCCUCUCUUGGAUAUGGACUCGACAGCGAAUGAGGUUAGGAUGAUAGGUAUCUGGGGAAUGGGAGGCAUAGGCAAAACCACGAUUGCCAAGUGUCUCUAUAAGAAAUACUCUCCUCGGUUUGCUCAUCGCUUUUGCUUCAUCGAAAACAUUAGAAACUCUGCAGAGAAUGGCCUCCCAGGUUUACAAAAGGAGCUUCUUUCUAAGAUCAUUUCGGAUAAGGAGAAGGGAUGCACUAUUAUUAAGUCAAAUCUUAAGAAACUCAAAGUUCUCCUUGUCCUUGACGAUGUGGACAACGUGGAGCAGCUUCGUGCCCUGGCAAAAGAGACUAGCUGGUUUGGACCAGGGAGCCGAAUCAUUAUAACUACUCGAGACUUGGGGUUGCUCUACUUCUACGGGAUGAGAUUUGUUUACCAUGUAAACUUUUUGGGAAAUGAUGAUUCGAUCCGAGUCUUCAAAAACGUUGCUUUUGAUGGAGGACGAGCUCCUUCCGAUGUCUACGAACAACUAUCAAUCCGCGCUUCUAAGCUUGCUCAAGGGCUUCCUUCAGCGCUAGAUGCCUUUGGCACAUAUCUCCGCCAAAUGACCUCUAUAGAGGCGUGGGAAAAGGCAUUGAGUGUUCUUGAAAAAUUUCCUCCUCAAAGUAUCAUGGAUAUAUUGAGAACUAGCUAUGAAGGUUUAGACAAGCGAGAUCAAGCUGUGUUCCUUCACCUUGCAUGCCUCUUCAACGGAGACACUGUCCAUCGUGUAACCACCCUACUCGAUGAUGGUGAUAUACGGAUCAAACGCUUACAAGAGAAGUCCCUCAUCGAUAUCUCACCCGAUGGAUGCAUCGCCAUGCAUGUCUUGGUAGAACAAGCGGGGAGAGAAAUUGUGCUCCAAGAAUCCAAGUACAAGCUUUGGAGACAAAGAAUCUUGUGGGAGCCUGAGGAAAUUGUUUCUGUGCUGCAAAACACCACAGUAAGUGUACUAAACAUUCCACAUGUGCUUAUGCUUGUGUUGUCUUACUGUCAAGUGACUCUUGGUGAUUCUCUCCUCAGGGUACAGCAACAACUGAAGGGCUUGGAUCAGUUGAGGAGACUAGAUGUUUCUGGCUCCAAGAAUCUGACCGAACUUCCAGAUCUUUCAAGGGCCACGCUACUCGAGGAGUUGAUAAUGAAAGACUGCACGGGACUGAAGCGAGCUCCGGAUUCCAUCGGUCGCUUAUCUUGCCUUCGAAAACUCGAUUUAUCCCACUGUGACGGCUUGAUGAAUCUUCAAACCUAUCUAUCAGAAAAGACUGUCCUUCCAGAACGUGGACUAAGACGACGCCGGCAAAUCAUAUUGAGGCUUCCCGGAGCAGUAAAGAAACUAAGCUCUCUUGCAAACCUAUCUAUAGAGGGGAAAAUACACAUCGGCUUGUGGCAUCUCAAGGGAAACGCAGAGCACCUCUCUUUCAUUUCCGAGCAACAAAUCCGUGAUGAAAUGAUAACGAUGCCAAAGGUAAAAUCUCCGAUGGUCACAAGCUUCUACGAUUUUAAAUCGCUCAGUAUCAAGCGGUUUAGCUACACCGAGGAUGGCUCCCCUUUCCGUUGUAUUAGCUUCUCAGGUUUCCCUUGCUUGGCAGAGUUGAGUCUUAUCAACUUAAACAUCAAGAAAAUCCCAGACGACAUCGGUCUAUUGCAUUCACUAGAGAAACUUGACCUCAGCGGAAAUGAUUUCAGGAGUUUACCCACAUCAAUGAAGAAUCUUUCAAACUUGAAAUAUCUCAGGCUCUCUCAUUGCAUCAAUCUCGAGGCAUUUCCAGAGCUGAACGAGUUGCAGACGCUUAAGCUUUCCGGCUGUUCCAACCUCAAAUCACUGUUGGAACUAUCUCAUGCAGUUCAAGAUGUAGGCAGAUACAUUUUGCUACAGCUUGAGCUUGAAAACUGCAAGAACGUACAACCAUUAUCAGAUGAGCUUAGCCAUUUCACCAAUUUAAUAUACUUGGACCUAAGCGGACAUGACUUUGAGGCAAUCCCCGAAAGCAUCACAGAGCUUUUGUUUCUGGGAACUCUCUGCGUCAAUAACUGCAAGAAACUCAAAUCAGUGGAAGAGCUUCCACGUAGCCUCGAGCAUCUCUAUGCGCACGGAUGCGAUUCCUUGGAGAAUGUCGCCAUUUCCUCAAACCAUUCGAUCAAACACCUCGAUCUCAGCCAUUGCUUCAAUCUGCAACAGGACGAGUAUCUGAUUACUCGGUUUCUAAACGGCGGAUAUAGCCAAGAGGUUUCACAACGAACGCUUUGCUUACCCGGAACUAGAGUGCCCAGAUAUUUUGAUAAUCGAUCCUCGGGAACAUCUACGAAGAUCAGCCUACCUCCGAUUACGUUUACACCCACACUUGUGAGCUUCGCUGCCUGUAUCAUGAUUUCUUGCGAGAAGCCCUUCAAUCUCGAAUUCCCGGCGUUUAGUUAUGAUUGGAACUGCGAAGAUGACGAAGUGAUUCGGAUUAACCUCAAACCAAAUCUCUAUCGUUCAUCGGAGAAUGAGGAAGAAGAGACGGUUGCAUCACAUCACCUGGUCAUCAUCCACAUCCCAAGUAGCAUAAACACCGAGAAAAUCGAAGAGUUUCGACUCGAAUCACAUCUUCAAUUUCCAGAUGAGUUUCGGUUUCCACCCGGCGAAAUAAACAGUUGCGGAGCUAUAUUAAACCAAACCAUACCGAUUUAA